CGUUCAAGGCAGCAUUUGUUCGGGACGAUGAGACCGUGCCGUUAUGUCGACAGGCUGUGACAGUUUGUACAGCUCGUUAUACCGGAUUUAAACCCAAGCAGAGGAUUUUUUGUGUGUGUGUUUUAACCGUGCUGGUAAAUGACCUGUUUAGGGUUGCGUUUUAUUGAUAACACGCCGCAAGUCAGACUUUUAUCCAAGUGGAAGCGUUCAAUGUGGAUCCAUGCAGACUCGGUCUGGAUAGCAUUCUCAAGAUCACAGCUGUAGGCCAUUUACUGAUGGGUACAUAUUGUGAGGCAACACACCAAGAGAAGUGCAAAUCAUUCAGAAGAGACAGGAACUGUGAAAGAAUGAAGACAAGCUAGAUAUUGUUUCCGAAGAACGGCCGCAGACUGUUGUUGUUGUUUUGGAAUCGUACACAUACAAAUAUUUCAACUAGCAAAUGUGUACCUGGACUGAACACAUAGUCAGAAAAACCUGAAAAGUAACUUUGCUGGUUGAACUACCAUCAAGCCCCAGCAGUUCAUCUUCAAAAAGAACAUCUUGACACAAAGUGAUCAGUAUGAGUGCUGAAGGAUAUCAAUACAGGGCGCUUUAUGACUACAAGAAGGAGAGGGAGGAGGACAUUGAUCUGCGUGUGGGGGAUAUACUGUUGGUAAGCAAAGGGGCACUGGUGGCCCUUGGGUACACUGAUGGGCUGGAACAGAGGCCAGAUGAGAUUGGCUGGCUGCCCGGCUUCAACGAAACCACUCAGGAAAAAGGGGACUUCCCUGGGACGUAUGUCGAGUACAUUGGAAAGAAAUGGAUCUCUCCCCCCACGCCCAAGCCACGGCCCCUCAGACCCUUACCUGUAGCUCCAGGCUCCUUCAAGGCGGAGACAGACUCGGACUCGGAGCAAGGCUUCUGUCUGCUGGACUUGACGGAGCAGUUUUCCCUUCCAGAGACAUCUCCGCCCAUGCUAGCCAGACUGCUGGAAGCUAUUGAGAAGAAAGGUCUGGAUAACCCCACAUUAUAUCGGACAUUUACUGCUGGUGGUGGACUUGAAGUCAGACAAUAUUUUGAUUGUGAUCCUCCCUCAGCAGACUUGGAUCAAUUGGAACUUCCGAUCCUGUGUGAUGGUCUGCGUAGGUACCUGCAGGAUCUUCCCCAGCCCAUCAUCCCCACUGCAAUAUAUGCUCAAAUGGUCCACACUGCCAAAGAGGUGGUGAAUCCUGAAGAAUGUGCCCAGCUGCUACGUCGCAUUGCCAGCAACCCGAGCCUGCCUUCACAAUACUGGCUAACCCUCCACUGUCUGCUAAGGCAUUUCGCUAGGGUGUGCCAAAACGGCUCUAAGAACUUGCUCUCUGCCAGAGCGCUGGGCGAGAUCUUUAGCCCUGUGUUUUUCAGACAACAGGCCAGCAGUUGUGAACCCAGCUUGGACGCUCACAUCAAGAUCAUUGAGGUUCUGGUGACCAGUGAAUGGAGUGAAAGUCAGGCAGCUCCAGCUCUACCUCCAAAGCCACCCAAGCCCACAUCUGUGAGUAACAACGGUAUGAACAACAGCAUGGCUCUACAAGACGCCGAAUGGUACUGGGGAGACAUCUCAAGGGAGGAGGUCAAUGAGAAACUGAGGGACACUGCGGACGGUACGUUUUUGGUGCGAGACGCCUCUACAAAAAUGCACGGCGACUACACCCUGACUCUGAGGAAAGGAGGAAACAACAAACUCAUUAAGAUAUUCCACCGGGAUGGGAAGUACGGCUUCUCAGACCCUCUGACCUUCAGCUCCGUCGUUGAGCUCAUCAACCACUAUCGCAACGAGUCACUGGCUCAGUACAACCCCAAGCUAGACGUCAAACUGCUGUACCCAGUCUCCAAACACCAGCAGGAUCAGGUGGUGAAAGAAGACAACAUCGAAGCUGUGGGGAGGAAACUCUGUGAGUACCACCAGCAGUACCAGGAGAAGAACAAAGAGUACGACCGUCUGUAUGAAGAAUACACCAGAACAUCACAAGAAAUCCAAAUGAAAAGGACAGCUAUUGAGGCUUUUAAUGAAACUAUAAAGAUCUUUGAGGAGCAAUGCCAAACACAAGAGCGGUACAGCAAAGAGUAUAUCGAGAAGUUCAGAAGAGAAGGCAAUGACAAGGAGAUCCAGAGGAUUAUGGGCAACUACGAGAAGUUGAAAUCCAGGAUAAGUGAAAUCGUAGACAGCAAGCGUCGACUGGAGGAAGAUCUGAAGAAACAAGCGGCAGACUACAGAGAGAUCGACAAGAGGAUGAACAGCAUCAAGCCUGACCUCAUCCAGCUCCGCAAGACCAGAGACCAGUAUCUCAUGUGGUUGACUCAGAAGGGAGUCAGACAGAAGAAACUCAACGAGUGGCUGGGAAUCAAGAACGAGAACACAGAAGAUCAAUAUUCUAUGGUGGACGAUGAUGAAGAUCUUCCUCAUCACGAUGAACGGUCCUGGAAGUUGGGCAACAUCAACCGACUACAGGCGGAGGCUCUCCUCCAGGGCAAGAGAGACGGAACAUUCCUGGUUCGAGACAGCAGCAAAGCAGGAUGCUACGCCUGCAGCGUUGUCGUGGACGGUGAGGUGAAGCACUGCGUCAUCAACAAGACCCCCUCAGGUUAUGGCUUCGCCGAGCCGUACAACCUGUACGGCUCGUUAAAAGAACUCGUACUUCACUACCAGCACACGUCUUUGGUCCAGCACAAUGACUCUCUGAAUGUGACGCUAGCGUACCCUGUUUAUGCCCAGCAGAGACGGUGAGGACCUGGAUGUUUCCAAAACCGACAGAAAAAAGGCCUCAUGGGAGAUGGAGAUUACAUGUCAUUGGACUCCGUGAUUACGACGUGGCUCUGUUGCCUAAUACAGACUUGAAAUCCGAGGAAAAGACGCAAUAAAGCCUGAAACAUUUCAGUGACUUUGCUCGAGCAAGCGGCGAGUCUGAAUGUAGAUUUAUUUCUCUUUUUUUGCUUUUUGUGGGAGCACAGAAAUCAAGCGGAAACUGCUGAACUCUCCCCCAGCGGAGGACAUUUGAGGCCUUUUCCUAAUGGUGCUUGUUAUUUUUCAAAGCUUUACCAGCCGGAAAGUCUAAUCGCAGCAGAUAAACUCUUCAAAUGGAACUGAACCCACCGGCCACAAACUUUGUUGUUCCACUUUUGUUUUUUUCCUUUCACGUCAUCUACGUGUGUACGUGUGUAUGUGUGUACGUGUGUGUGUUUCUGCACAAGUGUUUUUGUGUAUGUGGCUGUGAGUGUGUAUGCGUGUGUGUGAUUGUGUGUGAUUGUCCAUGUGACCAAAACUCAUAGAAUCAGGAAACUGUGUGACGUCGGAGGCUGUGUAACACAUUUGCUUGUGUUAACUGUUCAGUAGCAGACCAUGAAUCAGCUGAUAAAUGUAGCAAAAUGGCACUUUUUAAACAAAGUUUAAUUUUUUUUUUUUUUUUUGAAAAGACUCCUAUGGACUUUUAUCAGAAGCGCAGAGAGGACGAGAUGUCUGCGUUCUGCCUUCUUAACUGUCGAGCUUAACGCUCAACAGAAGUGCAGAAGUAAACUUGAUCUUUACUGUCGGCAGGUGAAACUAUGAAUGGACUUACCUAUUUCAUGUACAUAUGUGAAAAUGUGCAAAGUCAUGAAUCAAAGUGCACCAUACCAAAAAAAGAUCAGUUCCUGUUUAGUUAUCUUCUGAUCUGCUAUGCAAUUCUUUCUCCAUUAUUUCUUCAGAAUUGUGUUUUUAUUCUGUUGCAACCCACAAUAUAAGCUUGUUUUAUUGCUUGAAAAGUAUCUUUUCCUGUGUAAAUAUCCAAGAGGAUAUUUUGUGUCAAAAUGCCAAGAUACAGUAAAAAACUGCUUAUGAUUUUUAAAAGAAUAAUAGUAACAUACACUUUAUUAUAAAUUACUUUAACAACUGGUAUAAAGAUGGAAAAGAUGAGUAUUUUAUUAGUCUUUUUUUGCUUCAAACUAAUGUUCUUCUCAGGCAGAGCCUUUUGAGUAUUUGAGCUAUUUCAGUCACAAGUACAUUUUCUUAGAGAGCUAAGCCUACAUGCAGUUCUUUGUUGAAACGGACAAAGAAAGUUCGAGCACUCAGAGAAUGGGAUGAUGGGAUUCGUAUUGUACAACCCUUAUCAACCCUCAUCACCACGAAAAACAACAGUAUAGAUUUAUUUUGUUAUAAAAUAUAUAUGUUCCCACACAAGAAUUAUAUAAAAGCAGACUGGUGUUUUCAACAGAUGGAUAUUGUUAUUAAAGAUCAAUAUACAUUGUCCACUUAGUAUUUUUCUGUAUCAGAAAAUGACUGUGUUUACAUGGGUGGAUCAGCUCAUUUCAGAUAGUCUAAUUUCAUAUUUCCAACAUGCCAGAGGAACCUGUGACAGAAAAAAAAAAAAGUUUUCUUACCCCAUCUCCUUAUUUUAGCUUUUACAAGUCCAUGAUUCAAGUGAUUGGUACGUGUGUAAACACAAUGGACUGGUAGUAAAUAAUAUUAGCUUUUGAGUGUUUCAGGCCACCACAGCUACUUAUUUGUCACCCUCAUUAAGUCUAAACGAUGUGAACGAUGACGAAUUAGAUCACUCAGAAGACAAAACGUCUGCCAUUAAUAAUAUAUAUAUUUUUUCUUUGCAAUCAUAGAUCUACCUGUCAUGAAAUUAUUUAGAUGUGAUUUUUUUUUUUUUCCACCCCCAAAAUGUACUCAUGGUCAACUCAGCUGUCAAGUUAAAGUAACAAAUUAGUUUGUAAAAAAAAAACAAAACACCAAACUUAACCUUAAUGUAAUUUUUAAUUAUCGAUCAUCAUUGACAAGUCAAAUUUUCACUCUUAAUUCUCACCACCACCAUCUGUGAAAACGUGUGUGUGCGUGUGUGCAUGUGUGCGCGUGUGUUUAAACAGCAGCAAAUCUGCCACUCGUGUCACUUUUCUGUCAAAAGAAAUGUGGACAA